UAGCUAAGUCAGAAGAUCAGUAGACUUAGAGAACCCGGUAAGCUCGGUUGUGUUGCAUUCCGCUGUUAGAACGAACAAAGUGACGAUGCGAGGCGCACUGUACUAUGCAGGUGGGGUAAUUGCGAUGUUGUGUUGCAUUACCAGCGCCGAAGUCAAAGCCUCAUCGUGCGUCACACCAUCUGGAGUAAGCGGUAAGUGCGUACCGUUAGAGCAAUGCUCCAAUCUUUUCGCCUUCAAGCAACUAUCACAAAAAGUAUCCGAAAAGGCGGAAAAAUAUUUAACAGAAGUGGAAUGCACUUUAAAAGAUUCUUCAGAAAAAGGGGUUUGCUGUCAGCUGGAUCGAAUUUUUCAGCUACCGAAGAUCUGCGGUGUUUCCGCUAAUGAUCGAAUCGCACACGGAAAUGAAACCGCCGUCUUCGAGUUUCCGUGGAUGGCAUUGCUGAUGUAUCGCGUCGAGUUUAGCGACGAACUGCAAGGUAAUUGCGGGGGAACCCUGAUUAGCGAUCGUUACGUACUAACGGCAGCUCAUUGUCUGAAGCGAGACGAACGAGUCAAGCUAGAAUACGUACGUCUGGGAGAGCAUACGAUCAGCCAGGAUCCCGAUUGCACUACGAUAAUUGAAGAUGGAGAAGUCAUCGAGAGAGAUUGUGCAGAUCCAGUUGAAAAUGUUCCCAUUGAGUCAUAUGUUGUACACGAAAAAUACCGCAGCUCCUUUCUCGGAAAUGAUAUCGCACUGAUUCGGCUGGCAAAAGUUGUCACUUUCAAAAGUCACAUCCAACCAAUUUGUUUACCAAUGUCUGCGAAGUUGAAGGAAACUCUGCUACCGAAGUACAUUGCCAGCGGUUGGGGUCUUACGGAGCAACUUGAGCGUUCGGAUGUUCUGCUAAAAGCAGAACUAUUAAGCAUCAAUAGAACAGCAUGUCAAAAAAGAAUCGACGAAAUUGGCGAAGUCAAGAUCAAAGGCAACUGGCAUAACGUCACCAUUGGUUCGAAACAAAUCUGCGCGGACGGUGUCAAUCUGGUGGAUACCUGCAGGGGUGAUUCCGGUGGACCGCUGAUGUGGCCGGUUGAUUAUUUUGGCCGAACGCGAUACGUCCAGUUCGGCGUCAUUUCUUAUGGGGUCGAUAGCUGCGGUGCGGUUAAUUUUCCAGCUGUUUUUGCCCGAGUCGGAAACUACCUUAGUUGGAUUCUUCUCAACAUGAAAGCAUAGGAUAGAGAAUAGAGUCUCAAAACUAAACUUAAGCAAACGAACUCAUAAUAUUUGCAACCAAUAGCAAAUUCGAUUCAAAUCUUGUUUUUUGUUAUGAAAAUACUUAGCAUUACCAAAUAAAAUUUACGAUGAAAACUUA